AUGAGGAUAUUGCAAAAGCAAUCAUUCUUACCAUAUUUUUAUUAUUCAUACCUAAUUACUUUAAAUUUAUAAAUUAGAGAUUGUCAGUCUCUUUAAAAGUACAUUGAUUUUAAAAAUAAAGAGAAUUUCUACCUACCUAGUGAAGGCUUACAAAAAUAUGAUUGUGAAAAAUAUUUAAAAAACGAAAAUGCUCUCAAAUAUAGAAAAAUGGCAGUGAAGGCUAUUUUCCCUAUUGCUAAUAAAAGAGGGAGUGCUUUGAUUUUCAAGCAGAAAAUGUUUUUGAAAAAGUUUAUGUGGGUAAAAGGGAUGGCAAGAAAGAGGAUUUAAAAAGUGAUUUAAUUGAUUUGGUAAGAACAGAUCUUUAAAUCUGUUGAAGCAAAUAAAUUAUAAUAAAAGUUACUUUAGCAAUACCAGUUUAUUUUGCUUAAUCAAGAAGAUAGGUCUAAUUCUCAAAGUUUACUUAAGAGCUCAAGAAUAUUAGCCAUAGGAUUCUUUAGGGAAUAGCAAUUAAAAUUAAGUUGA